AUGCACAGACGCUCGUCCGGCUCCCCUGUCGAGGACGAAGAUUCCUCGGUCUCCCGGACAGACGAUCAUGGGCCCAACGCCAUUGACGAAAAAACGCGAUCUCAAAUAGCUAGGCGCGGCACCAGCUUUGACCUUCGCCGCGACGGCAGCGCGACACCGCGCUCCCGGAAUUCGAGCAUGUGGCGCACCUCGUCCUCCCAACCUUCCAACGAUACCAAAACGAUGCCAUUGGGUUCCCCUCGACUUCCGAUGGAAGCACCCUCACCUGAGGGCCGUCGUGCCCGACAAUCUCGCCUGCGCAGUCCAUGGUCCUGCUCCAUCUUGACAGCCUUCACGACCUGUGUCGCUGUCGCGAUCUUGGUUUCCAUUGUCACAUCGUUCGCCGGUCGGCAAGUCGGCGGAGAUGGUUGCGGCGUUCCGAUGAUGAGUCCGACGUUUAUUCGCAUGUUGGAAUUUGAUACAGAACAUACCCGCUUCGCAAGCAAAUACAACCUCUUUGUGUACCGGGAGGAAGGCGUGGAUCCUUACACUCAGGAUAACAUCGGGUUAAAUGGCGUGCCAGUUCUGUUCUUGCCCGGAAACGCUGGCAGUUACCGCCAAGUCCGCUCCUUGGCCGCCGAGGCCUCGCGACAUUACUAUGAUGCGGUUCGACACGACGAACACCGACAUGCGGCCGGAACGCGAAGCUUGGACUUUUUCAUGGUGGAUUUCAACGAGGAUAUGGCGGCGUUCCAUGGACAAACGUUGUUGGAUCAAGCGGAGUAUGUCAACGAGGCGAUUUCAUAUAUUUUGUCACUAUACCACGACCCGCGACGCACCCGCCGAGACCCAGGGUUACCGGACCCCAGCGCAGUGAUUCUGAUCGGGCAUUCUAUGGGUGGGAUCGUCGCACGAACCGCCCUGACUAUGGCCAACUACCAAGCCAACUCGGUUAACACGAUCAUCACCAUGUCUGCCCCUCACGCCAAACCACCCGUCUCCUUCGAUUCCGAUAUAGUUCACACCUAUAAACAAAUCAACGACUACUGGCGUGACGCAUAUGCGCAGACUUGGGCCAACAACAACCCAUUAUGGCAUGUGACUCUCAUUUCCAUUGCCGGCGGUGCGCGAGACACGGUGGUCCCCUCCGACUAUGCCAGUAUCUCCUCCCUUGUUCCCGCGACACAUGGAUUCACCGUUUUCACUUCUUCGAUUCCGGAUGUUUGGAUUGGAAUGGAUCAUCUGUCGAUUACUUGGUGCGACCAGUUCCGCAAGGCAAUUAUCAAAUCCCUAUUUGAGAUUGUCGACACCCGACGCCCUACACAAACCAAACCGCGAGCAGAACGGAUGCGUGUGCUGAAGCGGUGGUAUUUGACUGGCAUGGAGGAUGUGGCUGAGCGUACUCUGCCUCAAAAGGAAGCAAAUACCCUUUUGACACUCGAGGACAAUGCAAACACGAUCCUUUCACAGGGUCAGAGACUGAUCUUGCGUGAACUGGGUCUACAACAUGGCCCUGACGUUCGUCUUUUACCAAUCCCUCCCCAGGGUGUUUCCGGUAAAAAGUUCACACUGCUCACAGACCAAUCGCUCGAUAAGAAUGGUAAUGUCGAGGUUCUUUUCUGCAGCGUGUUUCCACUAUCGAACGGCCGUGUAACCAACUUCCCCUUGAAUUUGGAUUUCUCCGGUGGCACCGUGGGCUCGACCCGUUUGGCUUGCAAGAGCGCGGCUGAAGACAGCAUUCAUUUGCCUGCCUCGACCCUUUCGUCCAAACAUGCCUACGAUCGUGCUGCGCCGUUCUCGUAUCUCCAAUAUGAUCUGGAAGGCUUAGCAGAGCAUCAAUUCGUUGCUGUUGUGGAUAAGGCCAAUAUUCCGACUUCAGGCUUCGUUAUCGCCGAGUUCUCGGACAGCUCAGAUGCGAUGAUUAAGGCCAAGGUGGGAUUAGGCGGCCUGCUCAGUGCUGGCCUAAAGGUGCGGCUACCUGCCAACCGACCUAUGCUCACGGAGGUGAAGAUCCCCGCACUGUACUCCAGUCUGCUGGACUACCGAUUGAAGAUCACUCGCCAUCCCCAGAAGGAGGAGCUGUUCGCUCCCUUGCUCCGACAAUCCGUCUCUGACCCUCAUGAAUCGAAGUUCUUCGUCAAUGUCAAUGACGUUAACGUGAACUUGCACGGCGUGGCACCGUUCAUGCCCCCUGCGAUCAGCGAGCAAGCUGCUCUCGGGGGCGUUUCCUUCCAUCUGUGGACAGACCCCAGCUCUGGCUCAACAGUCGAUAUCUCUCUCCAAGUUGACCUUACUAGCAGUCUUGGCGAGUUAGUGAUGCGAUAUCGAACCAUUUUCGCGGCAUUCCCAUUGCUUGUCGUUGCCCUUGUCCUCCGCAAGCAGUUCCAAGUCUACGAUGAGUCCGGUUACUUCAUUCCCUUCACUGAUGGCCUUGACCGUGCGUUGCGAUCUUCCUUCCCGCUUCUGCUGGUGGCAAUGUCGUUGCUCGCCUCCUCCCUGGCUACUUCUAAAGCUCUGCCCCAAACGGACGAGACCCUCCAUUGGCGCACCAACUCGACUGAGACUCCCAUCGACUUCACUAAGAAUGAUCUCUUGCUUGGUUCGCAGGAUGCAUUCUUCUGGUUCCUUGUCCCGGUAUUUGGUCUUGUCAGUGUUGGUGUCUGUGUGAUCGUCAACUAUCUUGCCCUUGCCCUCGUGAACAUCAUCUCCUGUGUCUACGGGGUGCUCCACAGCAAGUCGGGCUAUAUCCGACGAGAGGACCGGGGAAAUCUCCCAAUCUUCCACAUGCCCACACCUCGCCGCCGUAUCAUUCACACUGCUAUCCUCUUGGUCCUUGUCUCGACUGUUAUCCCCUAUCAGUUCGCCUACAUGGUCGCCUGCAUUGUGCAACUAGCCACCUGCGUGCGGGCACAAUGGCACGCCAAGGAAACCAGAUCCACUUCGCACCUGAACUUCGGCAACUACGCGCACUCCAUCUUAAUCCUGAUGUUGUGGAUCCUGCCCAUCAACGUGCUAGUCCUCCUGGUCUGGGCCCACAAUCUUGUUGUGCACUGGUUCAUGCCUUUCUCGUCCCACCAUAAUGUGUUAUCCAUCAUGCCUUUCCUUAUUCUCGUCGAGACUAUGACCAGUGGUGCUAUGAUCCCGCGCAUCACAACUAGAUUCAGACACGUCACCUCCAUAAUCUUCCUCGCCAUCGCCAUCUACUCGGCGAUCUAUGGUGUCUCCUAUGCGUAUCUCCUCCAUCACCUCGCCAACCUCCUCGCAGCCUGGUUCGUCGGGAUUUAUCUAUUCGGCAACAAUUUCUCCUUCCGCCGUCUAUGGCGUAUCAUCGAUGGCGAUGAAAGUCCCUCCGAAACGGGGAGCAGUCACGUUAAGAAGAAGCCAUGA